GCUGCGGGUCCCGGGGCUCGGCUGCCCGCCGCGGAGCGACCGAGGGGACGGGAGCGCGGCCAAACAGGUGUCUCGGGCGGCGGGCGAGCGGCCGCCCUUGCGCUCUCCUCUGCCCGGCGGCUCGGGCAGGAGGCGCCCGGGGCGGGCGGGCGGCUAGCGGUCCUGCCCCGCCGCCCCGCCCCGGCCUCCGCGCGCCCAGCGGCCGCCAGCCCUGCACUCAGGUGCGGGCACCUUCCGGCCGCUCGGAUCCCGAGUGCCUGCCUGUCGCCGGCUGGGGCGAGCUUUGUGUGCCGCUGGUUUAUUAUGGUUGCAAGUUUCCCUGCAGCUGAGUCGACUAGCCAGAAAUACACUCUCGGGAAAUGGCCUCUAAAUCUUGGGUGAAUUUUUUAACCUUCCUCUGUGGAUCAGCUAUAGGAUUUUUUUUAUGUUCUCAACUAUUCAGUAAUUUGUUGGGAGAACAGGGUGACACUCAGCCUAAUCUGCUUCAUAAUGAUCCUCAUGCUAGACAUUCGGAUGAUAAUGGACAGAGUCACCCCAAGGGACAAGUGAACUUCAAUGCAGACUCUAGCCAACAUAAAGAUGAGAACACGGACAUUGCUGAGAACCUCUAUCAGAAAGUUAAAAUUCUUUGUUGGGUUAUGACAAGCCCUCAAAACCUAGAGAAAAAGGCCAAACAUGUCAAAGCUACAUGGGCCCAGCGUUGUAAUAAAGUGUUAUUUAUGAGUUCAGAAGAAAAUCAAGACUUCCCUGCUGUGGGAUUGAAAACCAAAGAAGGCAGAGAGCAACUCUACUGGAAAACAAUUAAAGCUUUUCAGUAUGUGCAUGACCAUUAUUUAGAAGACGCUGAUUGGUUUAUGAAAGCCGAUGAUGACACUUACGUCAUACUGGACAAUCUAAGAUGGCUGCUGUCAAGGUAUAACCCUGAACAGCCCAUUUACUUCGGUAGGAGGUUUAAGCCGUAUGUGAAGCAGGGCUACAUGAGUGGAGGAGCAGGGUAUGUACUAAGCAAAGAAGCCUUGAGAAGGUUUGUUGAUGCAUUUAAAACAGAAAAAUGUACACAUAGUUCCUCCAUCGAAGACUUGGCACUGGGAAGGUGCAUGGAAAUUAUAAAUGUAGAAGCUGGAGAUUCCAGAGACACCACUGGGAAAGAAACUUUCCACCCAUUUGUACCAGAACACCACUUAAUCAAAGGUUAUCUACCAAAAACAUUUUGGUACUGGAAUUACAACUAUUAUCCUCCCGUAGAGGGUCCUGGUUGCUGUUCUGAUAUUGCAAUUUCUUUUCACUAUGUUGAUUCUACAACUAUGUAUGAAUUAGAAUACCUCGUUUAUCAUCUUCGCCCAUAUGGUUAUUUAUAUAGAUAUCAACCUGCCUUACCUGAGGAUAUACUAAAAGAAAUUAAUCAAGCAAACAAAAAAGAAGAUACAAAAGUAAAAUUGGGCAACCCUUGAAAGCAGAACGUGAGUGGACUGAGGUUAAAUGGUCUGCAUUGCACUGAAGGACUCCUUCCUUUCUGACCAAACCCUGAAAUCCCAUGAGGAACUCAUCUGAAGUGAACAUUCCAUAUAGAAAAUUUUCCAGUGGGUGACUGUAAUCUGAAGCAUUUAAAGAGCUGUGAAGUCUGUUAAAAUGUGUUUUGAUACAGUAAUAUAUAAAUAUAAAUAUAUACAUGAAGAAUUUGUGUUCUUCAAAUGGUGACAGAAGAGCUGGAAAGACUGUCCCUGUUCCUGACAGUGUGUGUUGUCACUAAAGCUGGAGUGGUUCAAUUUGUCAUCACCUACUGCACCGCACCAAUAGAACACAGUGCUGAACAGAUCUGCCUUAAAGUUAGAAAGAAGUACUGUUGCUCAGUAUACACUCUGCUCAUGUGUAUAUGAUACAAACCAGCCUCCCAAUUGCUGACUGAAAACUUCUCUGAUUAUAUUUCUUAUAAUUGGCAGUGUUUCCUCAAGAGGAAGUAGAAUAAGAAUGGCACCCUGAAGUUCACUAAUAAACCACAUUUUCUGAUUAUUAUGGGCCUUGACUGCAUUAUAUACUAGUUCUAUAUAUAAUUAACCUUGUACCAAGUCCCCACUGUCUCCUUUCUAAAUAUUUGACUCUUGAAUAGCAUUCUCACUACUAAUGCUUAUUUACUCAAAGUAUUGGCAGCAUUCUAUAAACAUGCAUUUAAAAAUAUUGUUCCCAAAUUCACCCUUUGUUAAUUGUGGGUAACUUAAUUAAAUUUAAUGCUAUUUGGACAAGCUUUUCUUGUAUUGGUACCACUCUUGGGAAUUAUUAAUGACACUGUAAAUUGAUUAUUUCAAAGUCUUUCCAACUACAUAAUUAUUGUUCCUUUUAUUUUCAUCCUGGGGAGAUGAAAUUUGUUGUGCCUUUCAUAACUUACUUAAAGCACUUUUAAAAUUAAUUUUUAUGUCUGAUGUGCCUGUUAACACUUGCAAAAAUUUUUGAAUGUGGCUUUUGGCCAGAAUUACUAACACUAGCAAGUAAAGAAAGAAUACAUUGACAAACUAAAACAUCAUAUACUUUAUUUAUAAAUAACAACUUACUUCAUGCUGAAUUCUUAUUUGGAGAUAAUUAUCUUGCCAGUGUAAUUCCAACAGCAGAGUCACAUUCAAAACUGCCGUCAGAAGGAAUCUGUGUAUCAUUCCAACCCCAGUGGCUGCUCAGAGUUCCUGACAGGAUACAAAAAAAAAAAUUUUUUUUUUGUCAUCUGCAGUACUGAGUGUAGAACAGAUAUUUUACAGAUUUUCCAUAAAAUUAUUUUUAAUUGUGAAUGAUUUACAUUAUGUUAAUUUUGCAUGAUUAUUACACCAUUGAAUCUGUAGUUUGGCUGAAUAAUAAGUAUAAAUAAUUUAUAUUUAUUGUGCCAAACCAUAACCUCUAUAGACAAUAUAUAUGAAGAGGUGUUUAUUUCAUUGGCUAGUUAUGGAUUACUGUCCACGUGACAAAAUCAAACCAACUUUACAAAUGACUUUUGUUUGAGUUGGUCUCAUGGUAGUGCUGUCUACUGGUGCCCUAGGCACUCUGGUCUGUUCUUUGAACAGCUCUUUACCAUUGUUUGGACAUGAAUUCGUCUGUGGCCUAUAUGUGUUACUCUUCUUUACUAGCAGAGUAAAUGAUUUCUCUGAAAACCUUAACAUUCAUUCAUAAGAAAUCAUUGCAAUGAAUCCUGGGCUACAAAGUCAAGCAGCCUGGCUGUUAAGUUCUCCAUCGCUAUUUAUGUGACCUUGAACAAUUCACUUAAUCUUUCUGUGCCUGAAUCUCCUCAUCUAAAAAUUAGGGAUAAUGAUACUACCUACCUCACAGGAUAUUAAAUGAGGAUUAUAAAUGAAUAGAUGUGAGAUUAUUAGAAUGUUGUCAGGCCCAGAACAGGACAUGGUUUUAAGUAUAAGGUUUUAUUCUAUUACCUUGGAGUGUAAAUAAUGUGAUUUAGAUCAAUGAAAUGAUCAAAUCAGAUCUGAAGGAAUAUUUUGCAUAUUUCUAACUGUAAUUAGUAUGUAGUAUACAUCUAGUGCCUGCUGUAUUUCAGGUACUGAUCUUAUUCUUUAAAUUUGUACUUAUCUUCACAAAUUGGGUAUUAUUCCCAUAUUGUAGAUGAGGAGACUGAGGCUCAAAGAAUUUUAUAAUGUUCCACUGUCAUAAUGCUAGUAAGGAAGAAGGCUGGGAUUUCUAGUCCAAAUCUGUGUGUUGUUUGUAUUAUGUCAGCUUUAGGGUUAGUCUCAUGUAGGUAUGUAUAUAUGUAUGUAUGUAUGUAUAUGUGGAGUAAUGAGAUAUGUAUACACACACAGAGACAUGUAUGAAUACUAUAUACCAUCUGGUACCUUUAGCCAGUAAUAGUCCAAGUGGUCAGAGAGCUAAAUUGGUAUGGUGAUUCUUAAGUUGUGAUUCUCACACCCUUACCUGGAGUUUGAGAUAGAGAUCUCGUGUUGGUUUUUAGCAUGAGGCCCUGGAGUAUGCAUUCAUAAACCAGAUGCCUUCUGGUGAGAGUUAUUAAAUUAGCACUGCUGGCAGCUUGUUGGAACUUGCAGCCCCUCUCCACCCCUCCCAGGUCACCUAAGUCAGAAACUCCAAGAUAGGGGCUAGCAGUUUGGUUUAAAGAAGACCUAAAGGUUAGUCUCAACAUAAUCCUGUGUUGAGAUCCAUUGCCUGUUUACCUACUUGAUUUUGGUGCACAUAGUCUUUGGAACACACUCAGGAUCUCUGCCCAGGAGAGAGGCAUUUUUCAAAGACUAAAACAUGUUUUAAAUCAGUGUAGUCCAGGACCAUACUGUAUUAAAAGUAAAAUGCUAUAGAGUUUAAAGGGUCAGUGCAUCAUUGGUUUUGGCAAAAUUCUUUACUUCCCUAUCAAAAUCUAUAAUCUUCCAAGUUGAGUCAUUUCACACUGAGCAAAAAGGGUUCAGUAAGCACUAAUAUGUACAUAUGGAUUCAUUAAAACAUAUGUAAAUUAAUAUCAUGAAAAAUGUCCACUAGAUAAAAAUUUCCAGUAGAAAUAGUAAAUGCUACUGUAUAAUGCACCAAGUAUUUUCUACUAGUUUACACCAUCAGCUUAAGUUUUGUCACUUUCAAAAUCAUUUGCCUAUCCUAUGAUCUAAUGAAGCAAAAUGUUUCUCCCAAGUAUAUGGUAGAGCACAUUAAACAAGGUUUGGUGGUGAUAAUGGUUUAUUUGCCAUCUUUUAGAUUAAGAUCUCUGUCAUCUGAAUGAUUGAUUGUAGUGUGGUUUCAAGGCAUAAGAUUUAAUAAAGUCUUAUGUUCUCUAUUAAUAAUAUGCUUAUGUUUUGCUAGUGGGAAAUUCAUAGAUACAAAGCAGAUUUUUGUCCCAGAGUUUGACUAUUUGAACAUAUCUAAAUUUCAGAGAUCAAUUUGUUACUAUAAAGGUUGACAAAAUAAAUCACUGACCAGUUCAUAUACUGUGUUUUGAAUGUGGUAAUUGGGUUUGAGCAUUAAGUUUGCUAACUGGUUGUUUUCAUAGUUAUUUCUUGAGUUUGAAUUUUUUUUACCCUCUUAGCCUGUCAAACUGUAUUGCUAGAUCGAGGCCCUGUUAUACUUGAAAGACAUCCUCACUUGGUUUGUCAGCUCCUACCUAGCUGUGUUCUUGGACUUUCAGUUCAGGAGGUCAUUGUUCUGUCUUUGAUACUUCCUUUCUUCCUGCCCCCCACUUUCUAACUCCUAAUAGUGCUUUCUCCUUGGGGUUGAUUUGGGUGAUCAAAACGUCUAUCAUUUGUGAUGCUUUUAAGCCUACCACAUUUAGGUUUCGCAUGAGACUGGAAAUACAACAGUAGUAUCUGCUGGCUCUCAGGCCACUUACCCUAAUUGAACAUGUGCAACCUAUAACGGCUCUACAUUGUUAAUUAAAAAAAAAGAAAAAAAAAUACAUUGACUUCACUUCUCUUGAUUUGUAGUAGGCUUGAUAGAAACAUUUGUGGGAAAUCUGGUAGACAAGCUGUGGUAUAUUUUACACUAAUGUAACGUCUAUUGAUUAAAGAUAACUUACGGUUGGUUAUAUAUCAGAGCUGUAUUGAAAUCUUAACACCAGUUGAAAUAAGAACUUCAUACAGAUUCAACUUAAAAGCAGCAUUACAGUUGAAUGUACUUUGUUUCAACUCCCUUACCUCCUAAGUUUUCAGUUACAUUAGUUAAAUUUGAGUAACUUUGCAGGGCGCUAUAAAUGAAUGAUCUACAUGAAGUGUUUUAUUAGAGGGAAACUAACCCCACUGCUAAGCAGUGUGUUGUAUUAUACAGUGAAUGUUUGUGUUUUGGAAUUUAAAAAUUAUUUAAAGUAAUAGUGUCAAUGAAGGGUUUAAAAAUGUCUGGUGACUUGCUUAUUUUAAGUGAUCACCAUUAAGUCAGAAAAAAAUGUAUUUUUAAAUGUUUUUUAAAGUGCCUUUUGAGAAUUUUUAAACAAUGGAUUCAAACAAGUGCAUAAAAUAAAUGACCAUGUUCAAAAUUG